AGACACACACCACCUUCAAUCAAUUUCCCCUUUCUAGGGUUUCCACUGAUCACCAUUAUUUCACCACCAGAAAAAAGAAAUCCCAAUAUUCUUCUUCUUCUUCAAUUUAUUACAUUUUUCAUCUCAAUUCAAUUCAAGGAGGUUUGAUUUGUGCUGUGUGGAUUCUUAAUUUGAUUCCUCGAAAAGGAAUUGGAUUCGGAUAAGAUAAGAUAAGCGAGGAUUUGGUGAUAUUUUGGAUUUUUUGUAGAUCUGAAGCAAAUUUGAUUUCAACGAGUUCUGGUUUCGAUGAUAUGCGAGUGAAGAUGGCUGCCAGUAUGGAUUUUUCGCCUCCGACUACCAUAUUUGAAGGUGUUUGCUACAAUGACAACAUGUCAGCGUUGGAUGAUCAUGAUGAGAAUAUCCACAGUUUGAAGCAUAUUCCGAAUGGAAAGCCUCCGAGGGUAAUGCGGCACAGUUUGAGCUCCAUGAGGUUGCUCUCCCCUGAGGAUUUGUUGGAAGUUGGGGUUGUAGCCAGUAAGUCACCGUCGAAUGAAAAUACAAACUUUCUCCCAGUGUUCCGAUCAGGAAGCUGUGCUGAAAGAGGACCGAAACAGUACAUGGAGGAUGAACAUGUUUGUGUCGAUAAUCUUGUUGAACAUCUAGGUGAAACUUCUGACUUCCCUUUGCCUGGUGCUUUCUAUGGGGUAUUUGACGGCCAUGGAGGUACAGAUGCAGCAUUGUUUAUCCGAAACAAUAUUCUUAGAUUCAUAGUUGAGGAUUCUCAUUUUCCAACUUGUUUGGAGAGGGCUAUUAAGAGUGCCUACGUGAAAGCUGAUCAUGCAUUUGCAGAUGCAAGUUCUCUUGAUAUCUCCUCUGGUACCACUGCUCUGACUGCCCUUAUUUCGGGAAGGACCCUAAUAAUUGCCAAUGCUGGGGACUGUCGAGCUGUGAUGGGAAAAAGGGGUAGAGCAAUAGAGAUGUCAAAAGACCACAAACCAAAUUGUGCAUCUGAAAAGCUAAGAAUUGAGAAGCUUGGUGGUGUGAUUUAUGACGGGUACCUCAAUGGACAAUUAUCUGUGGCUCGUGCUCUAGGAGAUUGGCACAUGAAGGGACCUAAAGGCUCUGCAUGCCCUCUAAGUGCAGAUCCUGAGUUGCAGGAGACAUGCCUGACCGAGGAAGAUGAGUUUUUGAUAAUGGGGUGUGACGGUUUGUGGGAUGUAAUGAGUAGCCAAUGUGCUGUGACAAUGGCGAGGAAAGAACUGAUGAUCCAUAAUGAUCCUGAAAGAUGCUCAAGAGAACUGGUCAGAGAGGCACUCAAGCGUCAUACUUGUGAUAAUUUAACUGUUAUUGUGGUUUGUUUUUCCCCAGAUGCACCCCCUCGGAUAGAGGUUCCUCAAAGCCGAGUCCGAAGGAGCAUUUCUGCAGAAGGGCUUAAUUUGCUGAAGGGUGUACUGGACUGCAACUCGUGAGUUAAAGAGGAACAGGACCAUCGAGUUAUGUACAGAAUUCCAAGGAUUUAAAAUUGGUGAGGGGGUAACAUUGUACCCCAAGUAGUUGCUGUCGUUCGUGUAGCAGUUAUUUGAGUUCAGCCUCAGUCAGCCUCAUUCAAGGGAACAUUAUUUAUGCAUAGGGUUAUUUGUCAUGUUGUAUAUACUGUACAUCUAACAAGCCCUGUAGACUACUGUUGUACCAUUGGAAGUAUUCAUAUUCAUUAUUUGAUUUCCACUUAAUUAUGCGACUUGUACAGUGUGAAGUAAUUUAUCCAAAAGCGGAUGUUCUUGAAGGGAUUG